CCUUUCCAACAUUUAGCUUUUCCUAAACUCUGUCUUUCUGAUUAUUGACCCUGCCGCUUGUUGACCCUGAUUUUGCUUGUUUAUCUUGAUUGUUCUGGUUUUUGACGCUGCCUGUUUCCUGAUUCUAAACGUGGAGAAAAUUGGAAAAUCUGAGAUGUAAAAGGACUUGGGAGUCCUUGUACAGCACACCCUAAAGGUUAACUUGCAAGUAGAGUCGGCGUUGAAGAAGGCAAAUGCAACUAGCAUUCAUUUCAAGAAGUCUGGAAUAUAAGAGGCUUUAUGUGAUGCUAAGGCGCUGGUGAGGCCUCAAAUUGAGUAUUUUGAACACCUUUGGGCUCCUUAUUUGCGAAAAGAUGUGCUGAAGGGUUCAGAGGAGGUUCUCGGGGAUGAUUCCGAGAACGAAAGGCUUGUCAUAUAAGGAGCUUUUGAUAGCUCUGUGCCAUUGAAUAUUUGCGGCAACAUAACUUUCAUUUCUUGAGACUGCAGCGCAUCUAGUGGACAAUCACGGUACUACAGAGGUUCAGCAGUUGAGUGUAAAAACAUUUUGAACCAGGAAGUGCUGGGAAUUAACAUGGCUUCGAGGCUGGACGAGUGUUUAACCGAGGAGGUAAUUUGCCACGUCUGCCUGGAUUUCUUCACCGAUCCGGUUACACUGGAGUGUGGACACAACUUCUGCCGCUCCUGUAUCACACGCUUUUGGGAAAGGGAGGAGAGAAACUCCUGUCCGGAAUGCAAAGUGCAGUUUGCAGACCGGACCCUCCGGUCCAGUCGACUUUUAGCAAGACUGGCUGAGAAAGCUCGAAAACUGCACCUGAAGCCGAGAGAGAAUGAAAGUAAACUUCACUGCGAGGAACAUGAAGAAGAAAUGAAGCUGUUUUGUGAAACGGACAAGAAACUGAUCUGCGUGAUUUGUGCAGUUGCGCAGGAACACAGAGAGCACCGCUUCCUGUCGAUUAGAGAAGCUGUUGAAACCUGCAAGGACCAAGUUAAAUCUUCUAUAGAAACCCUCACAAAAAGGAAAUCAGACUUUCUGGAAAUGGAGCAGCAACAGAUACGGAAGAUUUCCGGAGUUCGGGAACAGUCUCGUCACCUGCAGUCCCACAUCACAGCCCAGUUUGUUGAACUACACCAGAUUCUCACUGAGAAAAAGCAGCACUUCCUCAGAGAUCUCAGGGAAGAAGAGGAGAGGAUUUUAAAUCCUAUGGAAAAAAAUCUUCGAGCGAUUCAAGAGAAUUUAAAUUGUAUUCGGGAGGAAAUUUCAACAUUACAGGAACGGAUGGAUCUAACAGACAGUGUGAGGUUCCUCAAGGAAGAAGAUCAUCAGAAGAGCAGUGUUGGCGAUGAAGCCCAAAUGUUGUCAGUGACAGAUGGUACCCUGACAAUGGAGAAAUUCGAUCAUCUCUUCUCACUAAAAACAUUGUUGAAAGAAACUUAUGUUGCCAUUAAGCAAGUCUCUGUGACUCUGGAUGUGGAAACAGCAGGCCCGGGGCUUGAGGUAUCGGCCGACCUGAAGAAAGUGAAAUGGACUCGGUCCCCGCCGCAUCUCCCUGACACGGAGAAGAGGUUUACAGUCGGGGCCUGUGUGCUGGGAUCGGAGGGAUUCACAUCGGGGAGACAUUACUGGGAGGUGGAGGUGAUGGGGAAUCGGCGCUGGAGGCUGGGAGUCGCCGCAGAGUCUGUGGAGAGGAAGAGAGGGGUUAAACUGAAAACAGACAAAGGAUUCUGGAUCAUUUGGCGCCGGGAUGAUGAGUUCAAUGUGAACACUUCCCCUCCAACCCGUCUCCCUGCUGAUCGCAUCCCUGGGAGGGUGGCUGUAUAUCUGAGUUAUGAGACUGGGACAAUUUCAUUUUACAAUGCGGAGACCAAGACCCAUCUCCACACCUUUACUGGGAAUAAAUUCACAGGGAAACUUUAUCCUUUCUUUGGAACUGUGGAUGAAAACAAGUGGGUCAGAAUCUGCUCCGUCCCCCUGCGGAUCUGUAAACGAGCCGGGUCCAGGCAUCAGCGUCAGAUGCUGGGCUCAGCAACUGCGGAAAAUCUCACUGACAACAGAUUGGCACUGAAAGGGUCCCUUUUAAUCCCCAAAUUCCGCACUGUGGUGAUCCAAUUCUCCGUCACCCUGGAUGUGGGAACAGCGCAUCCAGGGCUCAGGGUGUCCGAGGAUCGGCAGAGUGUGAGAUGGACGGGAACCCGGAGGAAUCUCCCUGAUACCGAGAAGAGGUUCACAGUCUCGGCCUGUGUGCUGGGAUCGGAGGGAUUCACAUCGGGGAGCCAUUACUGGGAGAUGGAGGUGGCGGAGAAUCAGUUGUGGGGUCUGGGAGUCACCGCAGAGUCUGGCUUUGUCAAUCCAGCUGAUGGGUACAAGAAGGUCAAGUCGUUGCAGAGCCGCUCUCAACUAUUCGAUGGAGAUGGCGAGCGACGCAAAGAUUUGCGCAGUUCCACGGUGCAGGAUCGCCGCCUGCUGCUAGAAACCGGUACUGCAGGAAGAGCAGACACUAAAUGCUUUAACUCGGCUCGAACAGGGACAAGAAAUUGUUUACGGAUUGUGGGCAUCGACACUGGAGCCAACAUUUACUGCCUACCAAGUGCCCAAAAUAAAAUCGAAAUGAGGUACUUCCCCACCCACUCGCGCACAGACUCCACAGUGUGGAGUAUCCUGGCUGCUUGUAUCACGCCCUGUCUACAGCGCAUCGAGUGGGCAGUCGCAGUACAGCACAUCCACGGAAGUAAAAGGAUCGUGAAUCAGGAAGUAGCAGCGGUUAACAUGGCUUCGAAAGGACAAGUCGAGAGUUUAACAGAGGAGGUAAUUUGUCCCAUCUGCCUGGAAUUCUUUACCGAUCCGGUUACACUGCAGUGUGAACACAACUUCUGCCGCACCUGCAUCACACGCUGUUGGGAAAGGGAGGGGAGGAACACGUGUCCGGAAUGUAGAGCGCAGUUUGCUGACCGGACCCUCAGGCCAAGCCGACUCCUCGCUAGACUGGCUGAGAAAGCUCAGAAACUACAUCUGAAGCUGAGAGAAAAGGAAAGUAAACCUCUCUGCGAGGAACAUGAGGAAGAACUGAAGAUGUUUUGUGAAACAGACAAGAAACUGAUCUGUGUGAUUUGUGCAGUUGCGCAGGAACAUAGACAGCACCGCUUCCUGUCGAUUAAAGAAGCUUCUGAACUCUACAAGGGUCAGGUUAACUUUUCCUUAGAAUUUCUCACAAAAAGGAUGUCAGUGACACAGGCAGUGGCGGAGCAACAGAGACUGAAGAUUGAAAGAGUUCGGGAACAGUCACGCUUCCUUCAGUCGGAUAUCGCAUCCCAGUUUGUUGAACUACACCGGGUUCUCACUGAGAAAGAGCAGCGCUUACUCCGAGAUCUCAGGGAAGAAGAGGCAAGGAUUCUGAAUCCAAUGACGAAAAACCUUCGAGAGAUUCAAGAGAAUUUAAAUUCUAUUCAGGAGGAAAUGUCAAAGUUACAGAAACAGCUGGAUCAAAAAGACAGUGUGGUAUUUCUGAAGGAGGCAGCUCAACAGAAGAGAAGGGUCCGUGCUGAAGAGAAAUCAUUGUCAGUGACAAAUGGUACUCUGCUGAUUGAAAAGUUGAAUUGCCUCUUUUUGUUGAAAUACAUAUUGGGAGAAUCAUUUGAUGCCAUUAAGCGAGACUCUGUCACCCUGGAUGUGGAAACGGCGCAUCUGGAACUCGAGGUCUCUGAGGAUCGGAAGAGUGUGAGACGGUCCAGUACCCGGAGGAAUCUCCCUGACACCGCGAAGAGAUUCAUAAACUGGCUUUGUGUGUUGGGAUCGGAGGGAUUCACAUUGGGGAGACAUUACUGGGAGGUGGAGGUGACGGGGAAUCAGUGGUGGAGUCUGGGAGUCGCCGCAGAGUCUGUGGACAGGAAGGGAGAUGUCACUCUGAGUCCGGAGACCGGAUUCUGGAUCAUCGGGCGGCGUGAUGACGUGGUGAAAGUUCUCAGCUCCCCUGAAUCCCGUCUCCCUGCUGGUCCCAUCCCCAGGAGGGUGGGAGUUUAUCUCAGUUACAAGUCCGGGACAGUUUCAUUUUACAACGCGGAGACCAAGUCUCAACUCUACACCUUCACCGGGAAUAAAUUCACGGGGAAACUUUAUCCUUUCUUCGCGACUAGAUAUGGAAUGCAGUGGCUGAGAAUCUGCUCCGGUUGUGCUGCAGGUCUGUAAAUGUGUCGGAUCCUGGGAACUGGUGUCAGGAGUAAGUCCCUGUAAAUAUAAAUUUGAGAAGAGUGAAAUAAACGCUAUUUGAGAAUUAUCAGUUCAUUAAUUUUAAUAUGUUAACGCUAUCCGUCAAUGAACAGG